AUGGCCUCAAUUGGAAGUACGGUGGUUGUUGGGUUUUCUUACGGUAUAUCCUCGCCGGAGUCUCUCAAUAGGAGAACCGGAGAUAGAGUUGGGACACAGUUGACUCGCUUUUCCUAUGCGUCGGGACCGAGGCGGCGGCUGGUGGUGGUUAGGGCGGAGGGUAAUACUAUAAACCCUGAGGUUCGGAAGACCGAAGAUAAAGUUGUUGACUCUGUGAUCGUUAGCGAACUCUCGAAGCCCCUUACCGCUUACUGCAGGUGUUGGAGGUCUGGGACUUUCCCGCUAUGUGAUGGAAGCCAUGUGAAGCACAACAAAGCCACUGGGGAUAAUGUUGGACCUUUGCUCGUGAAGAAGCAGUAAAUGUUAUGAAGAGGGUGACCACUGUAGAGAUGGCGUUAAGGAUGAACAUUGCUUGAGAUACUUGUGUGCGCUCUCAAAGCACCGCACUUCUUGUUUGAUCAUGCACUCCUGUUUUAACAGACACUAUCUCGAUCCAAAUUUAUUGUUCAUCAGUGGAUCAGCAGCAUCGAGGUUAUUGAUUAGUCUAAUAGUCACCGUUUUGCUAUUUGAUCUUAAGAUCGCAUAUUCAAAUCUUGUCGUUUU